AUGUCCAAGAACAAGGGGAAAGAACCAGGAUCUCAACUUAGGUGGACACAACCAAUGUGUGACAUGUUGUUUAAAAUGUUGGUUGUUGAGGCUGAACAAGGCAACAAGCCCUCAAACAAAUAUAAGCCUCAAUCCCUUGAAAAAGUGGCAAAAGAAAUUGGUGUGAAGUUUAAUGUAGAGUGUCAUGCAUCACAUGUGCAUAACUGUCUUCGUACGGUUAGAAAAGAGUGGAAACUCAUUCAGGAUAUUCGAAAAAAAAGUGGAUUUGGUUGGGAUGAUAAUUUGAAAAUGAUCACAUGUGACAAGCAAAAUUAUGAUGCUGAAGUGCUGGCUCAUCCCGUUCAUGCGCCUUAUUUAAAUAAAAAAAUUGAAUGGUAUGAUGAGAUGGCUAUUGUUGUUGGUAAGGACAUGGCAACUGGUGUUUUUUCAAAGCAAUGGAGUGAACAUUCUCCAUUGGUUGAAAAUGAGACCCCACAAAAUGACAUCCAAAAUCUAGAAUUUGAAGGUGACAUUGAUACGUUGCCAAAAGAUGCCCAUGAAGCUUCCAAUGGAACUUCAUCUAAGGGAAGGAGCCAUAGAAAGAGAACUUAUGCAGCUAUGAAUGAUGAUAGUCCUUUUAGCUUUGAAGAAGACAUGCUUGAUGAAGCUUUUGAUCAUUUGGUUAAUGAUGAAAAGGCAGGAAGGGCCUUUAUGGCUAAAAAUGAUAGGAUUGGAAAGCUUUGGUUGGAGAAAUUUUUCAACAAAACCUUCUAA